UUUCUUCAACUCUUUCUUCAGCUCUUUCUUCAGCUCUUUCUUCAGCUCUUUCUUCAGCUCUUUCUUCAGAGUAUUUUGUGCUUUAUCUUCUCUCAUGGACAUCAACAGUUUUCUUCUAAGCAGCAAUCCCAGUGCUUUCCAGCCCCCAAACCAAUUUUUGGACAUGAACCAAACUCUGCAGCCACUGCAACCGCUGCAGCAGAUGCUCUAUCAGCAACAGCUUGAACAAAAACUCCAACAACAACAGCUCCAGCUUCAACAGUUGCAACAGCAACAACAACAGCAGCAACAGUUACAACAGCAGCAGCUACAGCAACAACAGCAACAAAAAGAAAAGGAGAAAAAAACAAGGCAUACCUUCAGCAUUUCAUUUUCAAGGUCAAAAUCAGAUGGAAAUACUAAUACAAACACACAACAACAGCAGUUUCAACUGCAGAAUUUCAAUCCUCUGAUGGAUCCAAUGGUUAACUCGCAGAUGCAACAACAAAUGGGCCAAAUGGGCCAAAUGAACCAACAAAUGAAUCCAAUGGGUCAAAUGAGCCAGCAAAUGAAUCCAAUGGGUCAAAUGAAUCCAAUGGGUCAAAUGAAUCCAAUGGGUCAAAUGAACUCAAUGGGUCAAAUGCAACAGAUGCAACAGAUGCAACCUCAAGGACAGGUUUUUAUGGAAGAUGAUGAAGAAGAUUUUGAUGAGGAUGAGGAUGAGGACGAGGACGAGGAUGAGGACGAUUUUAAUAACAAUAAUAAUACUAAUAAUAACACCGGUAUUAAUUAUCAACCCCUAUUAACUCUUAAGGCUGUGCCUGAAUCAUCAAAAAAAUAUAAGAAUUUUCCAACCGGGUUUUAUCCUGCCUAUAUCACUAAUGAUCCUGAUCUCAUAAUUAAACAACAAAUUAAAGAUGAAGAAAAAUUGUAUGACAUGUUGGAAAAUAUGAAUAAUAUGAAAAACCAAAAUGACCCUAAUGCAAUCAAUAAUCUUCCUCUUAAGAGAACAAAUUUCCAAAAAAGAGAAUUAAUGGUUGAAAAAUAUUACAUUAAAAGAAAUUUGAAAAAAUUAGGUUUUGAUUAUAAGCUUUUCAAAAAAUAUGUAUCCCUCAAUGAAUUAAUUAAUGAUCAUGAUGAUCCGGAUUAUUUUUAUAAGAAUCUCAACAAUAGAAGUUUGAAUGAUAGUGACCCUGAUUACGGCGAUGAUGAUAAUUCCAGUGACAACUCAUCAAUUGAUGAAGAACUAUACAAAAUUGACGAUGACGAUUUGAUUUUCAAAAAACUAAAUUACAAUCCUUCCAAACUAUUAAAAUUCCAUCAAAAUAGAGCAUAUUUAGAAAAUAAAAACCUGGAAGAACGUGAAAAGCAAAAAUUUUAUAAUAAUUUAAACACUGAUAAUCAGACUUUUUUGAAAACAAUUGAAGAUCAAAAAAUCGAUCUCACUAAAAUUCCUAAUGAUCCUAAUAUUAAUAACCAAUUAGUCUCUUCCCAAAUUGAAAGGAUUAAAUUAAACGAUAAACUAAAUAAUCAACUAAUAAAAAAUUUUAAUGAUUUGCAUGAUUUAGGUUAUGUUGAUGAUAAUUUAAUUGAUAGAUUUAAAAGUAUCUCCUUUCAAGAAAAAACUUUCGAUUUAAAAUUGAUUCAAAAUCCUCCAAAUCAAUUACAAAUUCAAAACCACCCAAACCAAUUACAUAUCCAAAACCCUCUACCUCAAUUGCAAAUUCAAAGUCCUUCACUUCAAGUCCAAACUCAAAACCCUCCAAAUCAGUUACAAAUUCAACACCACAAUCAUCCUCAUGCCUCAAGAAAUUAUUCUUUAACAAAUGAUAACCAAAUAAACCCAGCAGAUCAACAAUUAGUAACGCGUAAUAACAACAUCAAUAACAAUAAUAAACAAUUGAUUAGAAAUUUAUCAAAGAUUAAUCUGAAAAUUUCAAUGUCUUCAAUCAAUAAAUAUUCUUUAAGCUCUAAAUCAAACAGAAAUUCAAUUUUACUUAUCAUUGUACCCAUCACUGAACCAAUUUUCCCAAAUUUAUAUAUUUCAAAUUUGAAAAUUAUUAAUCCAAUUCAAAAACAAGCCAUUCUUCAACUGUACAAAAAUAAACAAUUGAUUGGUUUGUUUUAUAUUAAAGAUCCCAAAUUUAAACCAUUUGAUAUAAUUAAAAACAUAACAGAUAUUUAUCAGGUCGGUGUAUUAGCCCGAAUUCGCUCUUGUUCUGGUUACGACGAUGUUAAGACUGGGUUAAAUCCACUCUUGGUUGAUAUUAAAACAGAAAAAAUUAUCCAGAUUACUAAUUUUGUUCCACCAGAAAGAAAAGCUUUGAUCCCAAAUGAUUUAAUUACCAGAAAGGAUUCAAAGCUAGAUUUUAAAACUUAUGAAGGCAUUAAUUUAAUCAAAUUGGUUUCUUUAGCUGAAGUUUCAAUUUUAAAUUUGAAAUACAAUUUCAAAAACUUGGAUGAGAUUAGAAUAAACUUGAAUAACAUUCUAACUGGGUUAUCCAAAAUAUAUCAUUUUCAAACUUUUAAAAAUAUUGGAAAGUUCAAGUUAAAAUACAAUGAACUCUUUUAUCAAUUUUUCAAGGAUACGAAAUAUAUUUUAAGUUGUCGUGUUACUAACAAAAAAAAGAAACAUUAUUCUAGUGAUAGUGAACUUAGUGAAGCUGAUAACUUAACUACAGGUAAACAUUCCAAUUUUGAAAUCAAUAGUGAUCUUAAUGAUAAUUCUAAAAAAGUUCUUGGUUACACAGUUAGCAAUGAUUUUUAUAAUUGUGAUGAUGAUAAUAUUGAAGAUAUUAACACAAAGCUUUCUUUUGUUAUUGACAUAUUAAAAAUUUAUUUUAAAUUAAAGCUUGGAAGAUUUUUUGAGAGAGAUGUUGAAAUUAAAUCAAAAUUUCAAGAUAUUUUGGAGACUCUUAAAAUCAGAUUAAUCACGGUCAAAAUAUUAGCGUUGCUAGACGAUGAAGUCAUUACGAUUGAAGAAAAUAUCCCCAACCAACUUGUGAAAGUUGACCAUAAAGAACUUUCAAAAGAUUUGCAAGUAUCGUCAAUGCCUUUAACUAUUGUAGAGCCCAAAGAACAUGGAAAAAGGUCAGCGCAAAAUGAAAUGACAGUUCAAAAUCUAGGAAAAGGUGAAUCGGAAAGGCCAGAUCUUCUUGCAUCAAAUGGAGCAAAUGUGAACUAUAAAGGUUCUUCAACAACAUUUACAGGGAACCCAGUGAUAAAUAUCAACCUUUAUUCCAAGCCAAAUGAAACAGACAAUCCCUUGGAUUUUUUGACAAAAAUGAAUUUGCCAUUAAAUGCAAAUAAUGGACCUUUUAGUGCUCUUAACGCUCCUCCAAAUCAACUUAAUGCGAUUGCACCUCCUCCAGAUCUUAAUCCAAUGUUACCAUCUAAUCAAUAUAAUCCUAAUCUCAUGGGUCAGAAUAGUUUAGCGUUGCAAUUACCAGAUCCUGCACAACUUCAACUAGCCAUGCAAUCAUUAUCACAACCCCAGAAUAUGCCACAAGGCAUGGAUCAAGGUAUGAAUCAACUAGUUCCAAUGAAUCAAGGCAUGAAUCAAGGCAUGAAUCAGUUAGCUCCAAUGAAUCAGGGCAUUAACCAAAUUGCACCAAUGCAAUAUGGCAUGAAUCCAGACGUGGGUCAAAUUAUGAACCANGGCAUGAACCAACUAGCUCCAAUGAAUCAAGGCAUGAAUCAAGGCAUGAAUCAGUUAGCUCCAAUGAAUCAGGGCAUUAACCAAAUUGCACCAAUGCAAUAUGGCAUGAAUCCAGACGUGGGUCAAAUUAUGAACCAGGGUAUCAACCAAGAAAUGAGCCAAGGUAUCAAUCAAGGAAUGAAUCAGGCAAUGAAUCAAAGUCAAAUGCCAGGAGCAAUUUCUAAUAUUAAUACAAGAGUCGAAGAAUUUAAAAUUAAACAAAAAACACCCUUGGUUCCUACUAACACUGGACACAAUGGUAAUUCUGAAGGUGUCCAUUUCAUUCAAGCGAAAUCUUUUCAGAUGCAACAAGUUCAAUCAUUUCAUCCCCAAAUGGCUAGAAUGGAACAGCAAAUGGUAAUAAGCAAUCCAAAUAUUGGUCUCAGUCAAGCUCCGAAUCACUCUCAAAUUCCAGAGCUUUCUGGAAACAUUAAAGCCUUGCAACAUAUUUUAGUUUAAAAAGAGAAAACCACUGUUUAAAUUUUAUUAUGUUAUAAAACCCAAUGAGCAAAUUCAUAUUUUCAUUUAUUCAUUUUUUUUCUUUUUUCAUUGGCAUUUUAUCUGACGAUAAUUC